AUGGCUGAUGCACCCCCCUCCCUCCCGGGCCCUAUGCCCUCGUCCUUUGACGGUGACCAGGAACUUCAGAAUGAAAGACCAAUGCAAAAGGUCCUCCGCAAGAUCAAGGAGGAGCCGUUGAUCCCCCUAGGAAUGGGUCUGACCACUCUCGCCUUUAUCAAUGCCUACCGAGCCCUCCGUCGUGGUGAUUCAAAACAGGCGAACCGCAUGUUCCGAGCCCGAGUUGCAGCUCAGGGUUUCACCGUAUUCGCCAUGCUUGCCGGCAGCAUGUAUUACCAGAAGGACCGCGAGAAGAGCAAGGAGCUCCGCCAGCUCCAGGAGCAGAAGGAUGCUGAGGAGAAGCGACAAAAGUGGAUUCGUGAGCUCGAGGCCCGAGACGAGGAGGAAAAGGCCAUGCGUGCGAGACUCGAGAAGAAGAGACAGCAGGUCCAGGCCCAGCGGGCCGAGGAGACCAAGGCAACUGCAGAACCGCAACCCGAAGGCACCGAGACUUCCAGUAAUGGAGGUAUUCUGAGCCGCAUUGGCUUGUGGCCACAGGGCACCAAGGAAGAGAAGAAGGAUGACAACAAAGCCGCCGCUGAAGCUGUCGAGGAUGAGGCCAGCGCAAAGAAGAAGAAGAAUCCCAAGAGUUCUCUGGGCGAUCUUGGCGAAAUUAUCUCAAAGAGGAAGGACUGA